AUGUUGCCCAAAACACCAGAUCUACCGAAUGCGACCUUCUCUGAAGUCACUCGAAUCAAUGGUAUCAACCUUUGGUACGCUUUAUUCGGGCCCCCGAUAGGCUGCGGCCAAAUCCCCGUGGUCUUCCUGCAUGGGGGCAAGAUCAAUUCCAACUGGUGGGGCCUCCAGAUCAAGCAUGUUGUUGAUAAAGGAUAUCCUGUCAUUGCACUCGAUACACGAGGGCAUGGUCGCUCCAGUGACGAUGAUGCAGUAUCAUUCUCAUAUGACUUGUUUGCAGACGAUACGGCAGCUUUACUAGCAUAUCUCAAGGUGCCCAAGGCUUCCGUUGCCGGUUGGUCAGACGGCGCCAACACCGCUCUGUCUUUGGCCAUGCGCUAUGGCGAUAAACUAGACCGCGCAUUGAUAUUUGGUGCCAAUUACCAACCCGAUCAAGUUGAUAUUGAGGGCAUGCUUGCCAUACCUUUUCUGGGCGAUGUGAAAAGCAGGAUGAGGUCGGAGUAUGAAGCUCUAUCUCCGCAUCCGGACAAUUUCGAAAGAUUUAUGGCAAAGAUGGGCUUGAUGCAAGGCGCGCUUCCAAACUGGAAUGAGGAAUCUUUUGCGCAAAUAAAGACUCGACUGGAAGAUCCUAUUCAUGCACCUAUCAUGUGGAUUGUAGAUGGAGCUUCGGAAGAAAUCAUUCCCCGGAGGGUUUUCCGCGAAAUAAAAGACAUGAUCCCAGGGUCUAGUCAAAUUGUGGUUCAAGUUGGACAUUUCGGCCCGCUUCAAAAUCCAGAUAGUUUCAAUAAUCUUCUUGACUGUUGGCUAGGAGAAUCUCGAUAA